GAAACUCCAUAGCGCCGACCGACACGGAGAGCGUCGCCUCCGCGCGGCGACUGCCCGCAAAAGCUGCCCGUCCGCCGCGCGCGCAGCCACCUCCUCGCGCCGGUGCCGCGCGCGCGCGACCGGUGCGACCGGGAGGCGCUGCACAAACAUGGUCGCGGCUGCCGCCAUCGCGGCCAACAAGAAGCGCCAGGCCAAGGCGAAGGCGAAGCGCGACGCCCUGCGCAAGCAGCUCGAGAACGACAAGAGGGAGGCCGAGGGUUUUUUCAAUGAGAUUAGUACGGAUGACGGGAAGACGAUUCCGAGUGAUAAGCUCGCGGACUUAUUACAGAGGGCGAUCGGCGACGACCACACCGUCAACGACGAUGGGAAGAAUAUGGUCCUGAAUCACCUCGGGAAGAAGCAGGGGUCCGAACCGCCGCACGAGAACUUGCAGCUGCCGAAGGACGACGUGGUGGAGGCGAUCGGCAAGUAUCGGUACUUCUUGACGCACGCCGACAAGAUCGAGCGGCUGUUCGCGGAGUUCGACAAGAACCACAACAACAUCCUCGAGAAGGCCGAACUUAAAAAAGCGAUGCAGGCCAUUGAAGAUCGCGAGCAUUCUGGCACUAAUGCGCGCGUCGUCUUCGGCAUGGAGACGCGGGUGCGGGUCACGGACGAGGACGUGGACUACAUCAUGGAGUUGUGUGAUGAGAGCGGCGACGGCGGGAUCGAUCGCGCGGAGGCGCUGCCGGCGUUGGCGCGGUGGGACAGCCUCGCGAAUAUUCAUGUGGAGCAGCAGAAGAGCUGCGCCUGCGCCGUCUCCUAGCUUACC